AUGCUUGACGACUUUGAUAAAGCCUGUGGAACGAUUGGUCUUCGAAUAAAUCUCACAAAAACGAUGUUCAUGAAGAACGGAUUGGUUUCGUAUGCCCCAUUCACGCUCAGCGGAACGAAUAUCCCCGAAUGCUCCAGUUAUAUCUAUCUAGGUCGGGAAAUUAAUGUGAUGAACGACCUAGCUACAGAGCUGAGCAGAAAAAAACGAGCGGCUUGGGGAGCUUUCAAGAGCAUCGAGGAUGUAGUGAAGAACACCCGACUCCGUGCCCACCUUUUCGACCCAACGGUGCUUCCUGUCCUAACGCAUGCGUUAGAAACCUGGUCGCUACGUAAGCAGGAUGAAAGGUCACUCAGCGUUAUCGAACGCGCAGUCGAAAGGACGAUGCUAGGAGCACCCCGUGUCACACCAGUAAGGGAUGGGAUCCGAAGCUCCGAUCUGCGUCAACGAUCAAAAAUCAAAGGUGCCGUUCUGUACGCCAAACAGUCGAUGAUAAGUCGGGCUGGACACGUAAUGCGUAUGAAUGACAACCGAUGGACAGGAGCCGUUAGUGACUGGAUUUCUCGGGAUUUCAAACGUACUGCAGUAAGACCACCGACCCGAUGA